AUGUCGGUGAAGAAGAUUGCCAUCUUCGGCGCCACCGGCAGGACCGGGCUCACCACGCUGGCUCAGGCGGUGCAAGCAGGUUACGAGGUGACGGUGCUGGUGCGGGACUCCUCCAGGCUGCCCUCGGAGGGGCCUCAGCCAGCCCACGUGGUGGUGGGCGACGUUCGGCAGGCAGCCGAUGUGGACAAGACUGUGGCCGGGCAGGACGCUGUCAUCGUGCUGUUGGGCACCGGCAAUGACCUCAGUCCCACCACAGUGAUGUCCGAGGGUGCCCAGAACAUUGUGGCGGCCAUGAAGGCCCAUGGUGUCGACAAGGUCGUGGCCUGCACCUCGGCCUUCCUGCUGUGGGACCCGACCAAGGUGCCCCCACGCCUACAGGCCGUGACCGAUGACCACAUCCGGAUGCACAAAGUGCUGCAGGACUCGGGGCUGAAGUACGUGGCGGUGAUGCCGCCCCACAUCGGAGACCAGCCACUGACCGGGGCCUACACGGUGACCCUGGAUGGACGAGGGCCCUCGAGAGUCAUCUCCAAACAUGACCUCGGCCACUUCAUGCUGCGCUGCCUCACCACCGACGAGUAUGAUGGGCACAGAACCUACCCUUCCCACCAGUAUGACUAG